CUUAAACAGUCAUGAAGAUGACCGACACCAGUCACAUCGAGCAGAUUGAAACCUUACUGGAUGGAGUGGCCUUCUAGUUUGAUCUCUACUCGGCUUAAAUUCCAAAAAUUUGUCUAUUGCUUCAUCUUCAACCAAAGCAGAGGGAGAAAGAAAUGCACGUCUUUAACAGAACCUCUCAGUUUUUGUUCCUUCCUUCUCAUCAUGUAUCAAGAAUCUCUCUUAAAAUUCCCUUCUUCAUAAACUCGUAAGGGAACAAUCUCUUGGCAAAGAUGAACAAACAUAAAUGCAUGGUUCUGGGAAACAAAAAAUGUCCCCACAUGCCCGCUCGCGCUCAAGUAAGCACAUAUGCGUUCAAGUGAACAUUCAUAAGCAAACUUGGAUGCAAAAUAAGGUCUGAGAUUGAAAGCAUAGGGCUCAGUUAGGGUAGCAAAAGGAUGUUUGCUUGUGCAUGAAGGUGAAAUACUCGGAAAUUAUUAGCAAGAGAAGACAAUGCAGUAUGAAUAAAUGGUUAAUGUUACUCCUUGUAUGGUUCAGCUUCUACAACCAUUGAAAGUGAUUUUGUUUGCAUAGUCAUUUGUCACCGAUCAAAAUGUUGAAUUUUGCAUCCAAUUGCCUAGCUGGAAGUGCUAGUAUGAACAAUUCUACAAAGCCUACUCAACUCCCAUCAGAAUACUCCGAUGAUGAGGCAUCUUCUGUUGUUAGCACAGAAGAAGCUCUAGAGUGCCCAAUAUGCUGGGAAUCCUUCAAUAUUGUGGAAAAUGUGCCUUAUGUUUUAUGGUGUGGCCAUACUCUUUGCAAAAAUUGCGUCCUAGGGCUUCAAUGGGCUGUAGUGAAAUUCCCCACAUUACCUAUUAAGCUUCCUCUCUUUAUUUCUUGCCCGUGGUGCAAUUUAUCAUCUUUCCGCUUUGUUUAUAGAGGGAACCUCAAAUUUCCUCGCAAGAAUUAUUUUCUACUUUGGAUGGUUGAGAGCAAGAAUGGUGACAGAGACAAGUCUCCUGGCACCUUCUGUGAAGACCACCAACCCCACUGGUCAUCGGACAGUAAUUUAGCUCAUGGAAGUAAGGUAAGCCGUGGUAACAUCCGGAGAGGACAAUAUAUUCAUCACUCUGAACCAUCAGGGACACACCAUGAUCAUAAUCAUGUCAACAGUUACCUUAAUGUGGAGAGAAUACAUUCUUCCCUUCAGAAAUCACUGGCUUUCUUUGUUAGUCUGACAGCAAAGUUCCCAUUGGUCAUCAUAUUCCUUUUGAUCAUCUUAUAUGUAAUACCUGCCAGUGCAAGCAUUUUGGCCCUGUACAUUCUUAUCACUGUUCUGUUUGCCCUCCCAUCAUUUCUCAUUCUUUACUUUGCUUAUCCUAGUUUGGAUUGGCUUGUGAGAGAAAUCAUCACUUGAUAUGCAAUUUAGUGUCGUAAUCUGUAACCAUUGUGAGUAGAAGUUUGCACCUAGGAAGUCGCACAUCUUUUUCUUGGUGACGUGAACUUGGUAAUUCAACGACUUUCCAGUCUCCAAGACUACAUCACUCGUUGGCAUCAAAGCUCCUCGGUCCUACUAUCCCCUAUAUCUUCCAUGGUUAGAAGCUCUUCUGCUCUUGUAGGAUUUUGCUGGUGUUAGGGCUGUUUGUGGUGGCAAUGGGGUUCGGUGGUAAUAAUGGUCCCACCAAAAUUGUUUCCUUAUGGAUGUGCAAUGCUCUUGUAAGUAUCUGAAAUAUUAGUAGAGUGUGAGGGCUAUCACCCAAAAGCUUGUUUUCUUGGUUGUAUCUUUAUUAUUGUUCUAUUCGAUGUGUCUAACUAGGAAUUUUUUGUUUUAUGAUGGGUUUUGAAACGAAGUGAUAAAAACCAGAGUCAUUUCA